AUGGGUAAUAUUACGCCAUCAUUAUUAUCUUCAUUUAAAGUAAAAUUUAAUCGUGAGACACCAUAUGAUUUUUAUUUAAGUGGUGAUCGAGUUCAUGGUGUCAUUGUAAUUGUAACAAAUGAUAAAGACAAUGAUUUGAACUUUCGAUACGGUCCUUUAUAUGUUGAACUCAUUGGUGAAUCAAAAGAUGCUAUAACAAAUAAUUAUCAAGAAAGAAUUCCAAAUAAUGCUCAAAUAUUCUUUCGAAAACGAGCACAAGUAAUCAAAUUACCUAAUGAUAAUCAACAACUGGAGACUAGCCAUCGUCGAACAUAUAAAUGGGUAUUUGAUGGUCUAUUAGAUUCCUCACUACCUUCAUCAUUACCACAUCAUGACGAUGGUGAUCCGUAUAUUGGUUAUUAUGCUCGUGUGUAUCUUUAUCGUUCAAAUAUAUCUCGAAAAGUUCCGUUUCUCGUCUACACUCCAACUCCUAUUCCAUUCACAAUUCGUCAAUCGCUUCAGAACUAUGCCAUCGAAAGAAGUAUACAACAUGAAGAUGUAACAUUACGUGGUAUUCUUUUAAAUAAUGGUUUUAUCGUACCCGGUCAGAUUCAUAUACUACAAAUUGAAAUUCAUAAUCCAAUGAAAGUAACAAUUAAAUCAAUUCGAGCAAUACUCAAACAAUAUCGAAAUAUAACAGAUGAAGAAACUGAUUUCACUAUUUUUUCUACUAUUUUAACAGAAUUUAAACCAAAAGGUUUCAAUAAUUCAUAUCAUCAAGAUACAUACGAACUAUUAAUUCCAUUAGAAAAAUGUCAAGUUAUGACACCAACAUCAUCGUAUAAAAACGUACGAUAUGAACUUCAUAUACAAUGUUCUAUACAUAGUUUAUUUAAUAGUCAUUUUACAUUAACAUUACCUGUUAUUUGUACUAGCGAACAUCAACGAACAUUAGAAAUUAUGGAUGAAUUAAAAUCAUUACCAGAAAUUCUGCAAUAUUUAUCGAUUGAUGAAGAAAAUUUACCACCGACUUAUGAAGAUUUUGUUACUAGUCAACCUUUGCCAAAAUAUGAAGAUAUUUGUCAUUAA